AUAACAAAAUUUUCAAAAACCUUUGGAAUUGGGCCCCAACAUUUGAAUCUUGCGAGAUUUACCCCCAAACUUCGUCUCUUUCUCUCACUCUCUUCGCCAUUAAAAAGCUGCACCAUAAACCCUAAAAACCUCCAGCAGCCGCCACUUUCGUUUUCUUCCAGAAAAAUGGCGAAGAAGAAGGCGUCGUCUCGCAACUCCAACGGAGCUUCCAACGAGCAGCAGCAGUCGCAGAGCCAUGCGGCUUCUUACCAGAAGCCCGCCGCGGAGCUCAGCCGCCAGUUCUCGAUGGAGGACCACGACUCGUCGGAGGAGAAGUUCCAGAACCUGAAGUCGCUCAACGCGAUUCUCCUCAAGCAGGCCGUGGAGAAGAGGCAGCAGAUCGAGACUCUCUCCCACGCGAAGGAAUCGCUGGAGGCCGAGUUGACUCGCUCCGGCGCGGAGAGGACUCGGCUGAGGGAGGAGCUGAUCGGCUCCGGGGACGAGAGUUUCGUGGUGAGGCUGGAGAUGGAUCUGUUUGUUGGGAUUGUGGAGAGUCGGUUAAGGGAGAUGUGUGGUUUAGUGGAUGGGUUGGUUAGGGAGAAGAGUGAUAGGGAGUGUGAGGUUAGGGUUUUGAGAAGAGAGGUGGGUGAGUUAGCUAGGGUUUGUGAUGAGAGGGAUUUGAUUAAGAGUGAGGAGGUGAUUAGGUUGAAGGAGAGUGUUGUUAGGCUUGAGAUGAAAGAAACGUUUUUGGGAGAGGAAGUUGGUAGCUUGAAGUCUGAGAACGGGAGAAUGGUUAAGGAGAGGGAGAAGAGAGAGGAGUUGAUUGAAAGGGUUAAUAAGGAGAGGAAGGUGUUGGAGAAGACUCUAGAGGAGAAGGUUAGGGAGAUUGAUGAGCUGAAGAGAGAAAUGAAAGGGCUUUCGAUGGAGAAGAAGGAGGUGGAGAUGGUUAAACGUGAUCAGGAGGAAAUGAUCCUGAAGUUAGAGAAAAAGGUUGAGAAUUUGACAAGGGAAGAGAAAUGUUUACGUGAUCAGGUUAUUGGGUUGGAGAAGGAUCUUGAUGAGGUUAAGGAGGAAGCAAAAGCAAGGGAGGAGAGCAUCAUUGCACUGGCGAAAGAGAAAGCUAUCAAGGUUUCUGAGGUUGAGGGUUUGCUGGCGGAUAACGUUUCAAUCAAGAAACAGAUGGAGAAGGCUCUGGCGCAAUCCUCUGAGAAGGAGAAACUUGCCGGACAAUAUGCUCUCGAGAAGGUUGAUCUUUUGGAGCAUAUUAGUAAGCAGGAAGCUGAGUUUGAUGAGAUGAGUAAACUAGCGGAUGAGCAAAAGCACGUUGUGGUGCAGCUGCGGAAUGAUUAUAAUGAUCAAAUCAAGACUAGCGAGAAGCUCAGCUGCGACGUUAGCCAGCUUAAGGAUGCUCUGGCCUUGGUUGAGGUCGAGAGAGACAACGCCGGGAAGGCUCUUGAUGAGGAGAAGAAGAGUCGGGUGGCUCUUAAGGAAAAGGUUGCAGAGCUUGAGAAAACGAUUCAAGCUUCCGGUAAAGAGCUUGAGAAGAUCAAGGCUGAGCGAGGGAGAUUGAUUAAAGAGAAGAAGGAACUGGAGAAUCGUUCUGAGACGUUGAGAAAGGAAAAGGGUAUCCUCCGGAAGGAUCUUGUGGAGCUCAAGAAAGCUAUGGGUGUGUUGAAAGCAGAACUGGAAUCUGCUGGAACCAAUGCGAAACGUGGUCUAACAAUGCUAAAGACCGUGUCCUCUCUAGUGUGUGGACAAGAGAACAAAAAAGGCGAGCAGAAGCGAGGAGAGAAGGGAGUGGAUUCGUACUCGGUGGAGGUAGAAGCGAUCAAGAAAGCUUUCAAAAGCAAAGAAAGCUUGGUUGAGGAGAUGAAGAAGGAGAUAGAGACGAUGAAGCAUUCGGUCAAAGAUGCACAUGACAAGAAGAGCUUCUGGACACUUGUGUCAUCUAUUACUACUCUCUUCAUGGCUGCUUCGGUUGCCUAUGCAGCUGCGAUUAAGUGAAAAGCUUGAAGAUGAUACUGCCGUUUUUAACUCUCAGACAACAUUAUCGCAUUCGAGUUUUUAUUUUUCGCUGUUUAACUUCUAAACCUUCUAUGUAGUUGGUUUGAUCAACUAUAUGAUGUAAAACCUUUUCCCUUUCAUGUCUGUGAUUCUGCUACUAUUCUCUGAGAACAUGUAGCUGAUCUUCAGAAGUAAUAAACUUGUUUGUUUCUUA